CUGGUUCAGUAUUGAGCGCGCAGUCCCCCCGGAAAGAAGUCAGUUGUCGAUCGUCGAGUCCCGGUCCAAAAACAGGUCUUUGUGGAUAACCUACAAAAAGGAAAAAAAAGCCAGGGGAAAAGCAAAGCAGGCGGGAGCCGCACACCUGUUUUUGAAGCUCUUUCUUUUUAUCUGCAUUUUUUUUAUUGUUGUUUGUGGCGAAGAAAAACGUGUACGUGUGCAUGUGUGUAUGUGUGACGAAGAGUGUGCCUUAAGAGAGAGAAAAUGCAUAUUUAAUAGAAGCAAUUAAGGUGAAUUGAGUGUUUUUUUGGAUAAUACGAAGCAAGAAAAGUGUCUCGUUAAAUCUCGUUAAGGUGAAUAACUCACUUAACAAAAAUAAAAGAAGCAAGAAACCGUAAAUUAGCGAAUAAUUCCUGAACGUGACAAAUAGUCAUUGUUUGCUGCGUGGUGCGUACCGAAAAAAACGCAAAGAAACUGCGCUUCAAAAAUAGAUCUUGAGGAAGUGUCACACGCGCGCGUACAAAACUUGAAUCAGCCGGGCGCGAAGGAGAAAGUCGGUGUCGUAGUAGGCGCUGAAAACUCAACCGAAGCAGUGAGAGUGUAACGAAACACAGCGUCACAGCACAGCCCUAGUAGCCAUGAUGACGGAAACGGUCGUUACGGUUGACCAGAGCCAUGCGGCACCACCGAGCAGUACCACGGCCACCGGACCGGCCGGCCAGGCCAAGCCGGACAACAGCCUCAACUGGAUCAAGUUCAACGUGCAGUACUUUACGUCGAUUCCCGGCAUCUUGAAGCUGGUGCAGCUGUUGUUUGGCAUCAUCUGCAUGGCCUGCGCGUCCCCGGCCCUGCUCGGCGGAACCCACUGGUUCCUGUUCGUCGUGGUCACCUCGUUCAUCGCGACCGUCCUCUGGAGCUUCGUGUACCUGCUGGGCAUCCGCGAGGUGCUGAAUCUGCCCAUCAACUGGAUCUUGACGGAACUGCUCAACACCGGCAUUGCGACGUUCCUGUACUUUAUCGCGUUCAUCGUGCAGCUGGCCUCGUGGUCCAACAUCAUCGGUUACGGAAGAAGUGCCAACAUUGCCGCGGGGGUGUUUGGACUGUUCAACUUUUUGGCGUACGCGGCGGGCACCUACUUCCUGUACGUGGAGCACAAAUCGAGCGGCGUUUAAAGGAGGUCCAACUGUUGGACCGGGGUUGUCAGUGCUUGAAAGUCAUUUCUAAUAUCGUAACAUUACGCACAGAAAAAAAAACAAAUACACAAUCACGUCGCUGCUAUAGUUUAAGGGUCGGAAACAAAAAAGGCAGCAAACAAAUAACAGUGCAUUUUACUAUGUAAGCAUAUUAUUUCGUAACAUUUGUUAUUUUUUAUAAUAUUUUUUUUUGUUAUUAUUAAUUAAGGACACAAUUUUCAAUGUGUUUAUUCGCAAAGAAUAACAAAAUGUGAAGGUAAACAACACGCGCAAUAAUAUAAAAAACAAAAGCCAAAAGAAAACGGAUUGACAGCCAUUUAACAGAUCAUUAACAAAUAACAACUUUGGUAAAGACAAUCAACGCACCACAAAAAAAAAUCAAGCUUCAAAUCAAUUCUAGUUAAAUACCGUGUAAAGUCGUCUGACAGUAGAAGAUUAUGUUAAGAGACAUCCGUGGGAGAACCGUUGUUUGCUAACUUAUUUACGGAGAGCCUCGAGGGAAAACUAACGUGGCAGUUGUGAAAUGCGUACCUAAAGCGAUUAAGUUGUAGAGUUUGGAUAGGAAUUAAAACGUUUAAUAACUUCCAUCCACACAUAGUCGUGUUAGUUUAGUUGAGUAAUCAAACAAAUUGUAAUCGAUCGAAGCAUACUUUAUUAAUCGAACGUUGUAGCGAAAAGCGAUAGAGUUUUAUUGGAAAUAAAUGCAAAUAUUUAUAUGUUGAAAA